AACCCAAGCCGAACCCAACCCCCCGGCCACCAACACCUCGUCGGAGUCGCCACCAGAACCCGUACCCAAAGCUGAAGUGGAUGGCACAGGCGCGUCACCUAAGGUGGAACCGGACGUCGAGACUGCUGGGCGGGAACCGGAAAUUCCCGGUGAAACCGCUUCUUCGGAUGCAAAAUGCGACUCCAAGGCUGCUGCACCGCAGACGGAAGCCGCCGAUAAAGCUGGGAACUCGCAAACGAUCGAAUCAGAGGUGCAAAGAGUAGCUGCGGCGUCCACAUCGCCCAGAGUUGAAUCCGGUGACAAACCGGCCCCGAAGAUAAAGAAAAAGAUUAUCCGCAGAGUCAUCGUCAGAACCAGAAAGGUUCCGGUGCAGAAGAAAGUGCCUGCUGGCGAAAACCCUAGCCCUGCUUCUACGAAUUCGGCAAACCCUGUCUCUGCACCCGCCAAUUCAGAUAACCCUAGCUCGAGUCCUAAUGAACUUCCGAAGCCUAGUAAAGAGGAGGACGCAAAGCCUGUGCAGGCGGCGUCGGUGGAGCUGACCGAAGAAAAGAAACCGGUGGAGGAUAAUGAAGGCCCGAAGCCAGCGACGGUUGACACGGCCGCGCAAGCCGGCGACGCUGGACCGAAGCCACUAUCAGGAGAAAAAAUGGGGGUGGACUUGUGGGUGGACGAAUUCGAGGUAGCGGAGCGGAGAAAGAAAAGAAGAACAGAGAUCUUCAUAGGUGGAUUGGAUAAGGAGGCGAAGGAAGAGGACAUCCGCAAGGUAUUUGAGAAGGCAGGGGAGAUUGUGGAGGUGAGACUCAUUAAGAACAGUCAGACCGGGAAGAACAAAGGCUACGCAUUCUUGAGAUAUGCGAAGCCGGAUGAAGCUCAACGUGCCAUAAAUGAGCUUGCUCGUGCCGAGGUGUGUGGGAAGCCUUGUGCAGCAGCUCCUCUUCAGGAUAAUGAUACUAUUUUUCUUGGCAGUAUUGAUAAAAGGUGGAAAAAGGAAGAUGUCAUUAGAAUAUUGCAAGAAAUUGGCAUUGAGAAUAUUCACACGGUUUAUGUCAUGAUGGAUCCCAAUAAUCCUGGCCACAACCGUGGUUUUGCAUUCCUUGAGCUUGAGACUAAUAAAGAUGCACAAAAUGCUUACAGAAAGCUGCAGAAGAAGGAUGUAUUUGGAAAAGGGCGAAAUGUCAAGGUGGCCUGGGCCGAGCCAUUAAAUGAUCCUGGCGAAGAGGAGAUGCAGAAGGUCAAAUCAGUUUAUGCCAAUGGGAUUCCAGCUUCUUGGGAUGAAGAAAAAGUUAAAAAAUACUUCUCAAAGUAUGGAGAAAUAGAAAGGAUCAAACUUGCAAAGGAUAUGCACAACCCCAAGAGAAAGGACUUUGCAUUUGUUAACUAUGCAACCCGUGAGGCUGCUCUUGCUUGUAUUGAGUCUUUCAAUAAGGAGGAAGUGGUUGAUGAGGGCUGCAAGGUAAAUAUCAAAGUAAUGCUUGCCAAACCUGUUCAAAAGAGCAAUCAGAAUAAGGGAAGGACAAAGGUUCCAGAUGUGGAACAGUCGAAAGAGAAAAUAAAACAGUCCAAAGAGAAAAGAAACGAAGCUCAUGAUCGUCCCAUGGAAAAUAUUGUUCCUUCCAAGAAGGGAAGGUUCAUUGGAAAGGGUGGGCCUCCUCCGAGCAUUGAAAAGAAAUCAUCCGAUACAGAGGAACUAAUACGGGUUUUAAGGGAACAGGCAGCAUGGAAGCAGGGCACCUCAGGAUUUGCUAGAGUCUCGGCAAUUGAAGACUAUUCCCAUGGCCUGCCUGGAGGCAAGCGGCCUCUCUCAGCACUGGGUGAAGAUCCUUAUUCUGAACCAAGAGGAUACUCACGUGCUCGUGACAGUUCUUUUCCACACACAAGCACAAGCUCAUUCUCUUAUGAUGGGGCUGGAACAUCUAUUCCAUUUUAUCAGCGCCAUUCUGCUGGAUAUGCUGGUUCAGCAUAUACGUCUGGUUCGGACUAUUCUACUUCAGGAAAGAUGCGUUAUGGAACUUACUCCUAUGGUGGUGGCCCUUCUCUUGGAUCUUAAGUCUGCUGCCACAACUCGAAGCUGACCAAAUUUGUCAGGUCUUGGUGUGGAAGGCGAACGAGGUUCUGGCCGUUGGCGCUUGUGUGCAUCGCACCUUGGAAGUCUGGGCCCUUACAAGUUUUGACAGAAAGCCGCAGCUGGCCACAACAGACUUUUCGUUGCUCUAGCAAUCUGCUAUACCACAUUUAUGGGAAAGUGAUGCUGGCGUUGCACUGUAACUCCUUUCACCUGUCCUCUUCUGUACAGUGUAGGACAUCACUAAAUUUACUGACACUGAACCGGCAUUGGAUGUGGCUUUCAUUUUUAAGUGUCUUGGGAAACUCUUGUGGGAUUCGCUGCCAGCCUCUUAAUGGUAAAACUGUUUGGCUGUGCAAAGAGGAGGUCAUUUCUGUACAUUGAAAAGGGGACAGUUGUUUACCUGACGAAUAUCUGUUUCAUAGAAUCCAGUGGAAUUGUUUGAUAGAA